GACUGUCGCAUUGUGAAGUGCGCUUAAUCCCCUCCCAACACGCAUCUUUCCCUCUUCACUGAGUGCAAGCAUCUUCCGGCGUUGUCUUACGCCGGGCUGUACUCAUACAGACCAGAAAGAUUCCGGACCUUGGCCAUAUUCGAGUGUUUGAGCGUAACGUCGGGCACUUCUUCUUCUUCCAUACUAUCCAUCGUACAUUGGCCAGCACAGCACAGCCCAACAGGACGACACGAAGCUGGCUUCAAAACCUCACCAUCGAGAGACUAGACGGUGCCCUUUAAUUUUCUAAUCGCAUAUUUCCUCCAUCCUUAUACCUGCAGCUGCGCUGGAAUAUCAUCACGACACAUCUGCUGACACCGGGUCGUUCAAUCAAUCUCCACGCACACAUAAAUGCCUAAUGAAAUGACUCUCACCACCCGGCCGCCGCCGACCGGGCCCGCCCCGCCUCAGCACAAACAGGCGACCCCAAAGCGCAAACGAGGCGAAGACGACAACAGUAUUGCGCCGGCUUACACGACGGCGCAGUUUUGCUUUCGGCUCCCCCCUCCCAGCAGUGAAGAUCCCGGUUGCGAGAGUCCGCGGACCAGGUUUGCCCGCCAAUUCAAGGGACUCAACAUCGACGAGCAGGGUGGGGGCGGGGUAAUUCCCCAGCAGCUGCUGCUGCAGACGCAGCUCCCAGGCCAACCUGUAGCCUUCCGGUCCCUGCUCGCAGGUUCUGACGAACCUGACAAUGAUGAAGAUGAUGGCAGCCCGACAACGCGCAAGCGACAAAAACUUCCCGAUGUCGAAAUGCACGAUUCAGCGACCGACAACUGUGAGCGGGCCGUAUCUCCCAGCCCACAGCGAAGCUCCACGGUGCCCCAUGUCGGUCCACAGCCGCAGCUUGCCCUCAAGGCCGUCACAAUCAAGGAUGCAAUUGCACCCGGCUCCGAUCUUUCCUCCACCGCCGAUCAGCUCCACAGAUCCUAUCCUUCAAUCAACCGCCUGCAGGACUCCAAGUCCCGUCAGCCGAGACGCGUCGGUACCCCGCCCCCGAGGAGGAGGACGACGAAGAAGGAACCCGCCAGGAGGAAGACCGAAAUCAGCGACAGCGAAGAUGAGAUACCCACGAUUGUCGAUCCCGUUCGAGCAGCCUUGACUUGGCACGAGGACGAGAUCACCGUCUAUGACCCCGACGACUCGGAAGACGACGGCGUUGGCGUCAACGGCAUCGGCUUCAAGCCCACGGCUGCCCAAACACGGGCUAGGAUUGCGAAGCGGAAGCAGCAGUUGGCCGAAUACAGGAAAAGGGAAGAGAGUGAGGCGAGAAACAAGCGCAGCCAGCGCCGUCGCGGCAGUGCGGCCGGCCUCCCGGCUGCAGUCAUGAAAAACAAGGCAGCAUCAGCGUCAGCUGUAGCCCGGCGCGUCCGUUUUAUGGAGGCAGAAGCUGGCGCAACUGCUCUGACCGAGUCGACUGUCUGA